AGUGGGUAUAUAAAGCGGGGCUUCACUUUGUCUUGCCAGUGUACACCUCCAGUAGCACACCACAACAACAACAUGGCUUCUAAGCUGAUCGUCCUCGCCGCCGUGGUGUGCGCCGCCGCCGCUCAGCUGGUAGUGCCACGCGCGCCGAUUGCCACACCCUUGGCAGCCGCCAUCGCCGCCGGCGAAUACGACCCGCACCCGCAGUACACGUACGGCUACAGCGUGCAGGACGCCAUCACCGGAGACGCCAAGAGCCAGCAGGAAUCCCGCGACGGCGACGUCGUCCAGGGCAGCUACAGCCUGGUCGAGCCCGACGGCUCCGUCCGCAUCGUCGAGUACGUCGCUGACCCCGUCAACGGCUUCAACGCCGUCGUCCGCAAGGAGGCCGCAGUCGCUCCCGCCCCCGUCCUCCGCGCAGCGCCCGUCUACGCUGCCCCAGGCGUCGCCAGGACGAUCAUCGCUUGCUGCGACAGACACAGUACCUGCCCAACGCACUACUACAACAUGGUCGCCUGCAAGCUGAUCGUCCUCGUCGCCUUCGUGGCUGUGGCCCACGCCGGCUACUUGGGUGCCCCUGCAGUCUACGCCCCCGGCGCCCCCAUCGCUGCCCGCGCCUACGCCGCCCCUGUGGCGUAUGCCGCCCCCGCCCUACGUGCCGCUCCCCUGGCCGUCGCCCCGGCCGUGAGGGCCGCCCCCGUCGCCUACGCCGCCCCCGCCGCCGUGGCUGCCGCUGAAUACGACCCCCACCCACAGUACAGCUACGCCUACAGCGUGUCUGACGCCGUCACCGGUGACUCAAAGAACCAGCAGGAGAGCCGUGACGGAGACGUCGUCCAGGGCAGCUACAGUCUGGUGGAGCCCGACGGUUCCAUCCGCGUCGUAGACUACACCGCCGACCCCGUCAACGGCUUCAACGCCGUCGUGCACAAGGAGGCCGGUGCCCACCCCGCCCCCGUCGUCGCCAAGGUGGCCGCUCCCGUCGCCUACGCCGCCCCCGCUAUCGCCAAGGUGGCCGCCCCCCUCGCCUACGCCGCCCCCGCCUACGGCAAGGCCAUCCUGGGUUAAAACGACCAGCAUGUGGCAGUUUGAUGCUGCCCUAAACAACGAAGCUGCAGCAAAAUACCACUACGUCAUGCUGCACGUUAUGUGCAUUACAUUAAUGCACUGCAAUAAACAACUUGCUUAAACAAAAAAA